AUGAUUCCCGUCGCGACCACGACAGAAUCCCUCGCAGGCGCCAUCGCGACCGCUGCUACGACACACGGAGAUGAUGGUGGAAACGGCGAGUGCAGCCUGCUCGGCUCCUUUGCCCUCAUCGUCCAGGCCGCUCUUGGUGGACUCGCCUUGCUGUCUCUGGUUUUCAAGCGAUGGCGAGAACGGCCGCAACGCCCCGUCAAGAUCUGGUUCUUCGACGUUUCCAAGCAGGUCUUUGGCUCCGUCCUGGUCCACAUUGCCAACAUCUUCAUGUCCAUGUUGACGUCGGGACGCUUCUCGGUAGCGCUGGACCCCUCCGUGGCAGCCAACGCCCGGAGGUUCUUGAGACGGGAUGAGGAUUACACUCCCAACCCGUGCUCGUUCUAUCUGCUCAACCUCGCCAUCGACACCACGAUCGGUAUCCCCAUCCUUAUCGUGCUCCUCCGAGUCCUGACCGCCAUCAUAUCACAAACCCCUCUGGGCAAGCCCGAAGAGUCGAUCCGGUCCGGAAACUACGGCAACCCUCCAAACGUCUGGUGGUGGCUGAAGCAGUCGUUCAUCUACUUCUGCGGCCUCUUUGGCAUGAAGUUCUGCGUCCUCAUCAUCUUCCUCCUGCUGCCGUGGAUUUCCCGCGUUGGUGACUGGGCCUUGCGGUGGACCGAGGGCAACGAGCAACUACAGAUCUUCUUCGUCAUGAUGUUCUUUCCGCUCAUCAUGAACGCCAUGCAGUACUACAUCAUCGACUCCUUCAUCAAACAGCCGCAGCAUGAACAUGAGCGUCUGUCGGACGAAGACCCCGAUUGGAGCGCAGGGCACACGGGCGGUGGCCCGUACGAUGACACUGAUUCGGCGGAUCAAGAGGAUGCGGAGUCGAACGAUGUCGCGAGCCUCAAGUUGAGGAAGGCGAAGCAUGUGGACGAUGCCGAGUAUGACCCGGACGUGGACGGUGAUGUGCCGACAGUCGUUGACAGCGGUUCGAGCCGGUCAAGCCAGCAGAGAACGGACAAGGAUAUCUCGGCGGAGCUCUUUCCCAAGGAGUAA